ACAACCAUGACGGCCUUCCCGAAAGUCUACACGGUCAACGGGCCGUCGUCGACGAGCGCGGCCGCGCUGCCCUCGUGGGUCACGGUCAAGGCGCGCCCGAAGCGCGACGCCCACGGACACAAGAAGCGCGUCAAGACCCAGCACACGCUCGGCCAGCUCGAGCUCAUCCAGGACUUCAACUUCCCCACCGCCGCCAUCAAGAUCCGCACCACGCGCGACGGGCUGCAUGCCGUCGCGACGGGGACUUAUAAGCCCAUGAUCAAGGUGUGGGAUCUGGAGCAGCUCACGGAGAAGUUUGAGCGCGUGACGGAUGCGGAGAACGUCGACUUUGUUAUGCUCUCGGACGACUGGACCAAGUCGUUGCAUUUGCAGCGCGAUCGCUCGUUGCAGCUCCACACCCAGGGUGGGCUGCACCACACCAUCCGCCUGCCGAUCUACGGGCGCGCGCUCGGCUAUCACUCCCCCAGCGCGGACGCGCUCGUUGCCUGUACUGGCACUGAGGUGUUCCGCUUCAAUCUCGAGGAGGGGCGGUAUAUGACUCCUUUGAAUGUCGGGCAGUGGACUGGCGCGCAGGACGUCGAGGGGGUCAACUGCCUCGACGUGAACCCGCGGCACGGACUGUGGUCCUUCGGGCUGGACGGCGCGGGCACCGUCGAGUUCUGGGAUCCGCGCGCACGCAGCGCGCUCACCCGCCUCACGCUUCCAGCGUCCAGCUUGCUCCCGGCGCAGGACUACGAAGUCGACGCGCUGUUCGGGCGCACCCAGAAGCUGUCGAUUUCGAGCUUGAAGAGCCACCCAUUCGACGGCUUGUCGCUCGCUGUCGGCACCAGCUCGGGGCACACCCUGCUGUACGACUUGCGGUCGCCCAAGCCCUUUGCCGUCAAGGACCAGGGCUACGGCGAGCCUGUGCGGGUCGUCGACUGGCUGCGUGGCGGCGGCUCGCAGGAGGACUCGGGCCGCGUCGUCAGCGCGGACUCGAAGGUGAUCAAGGUGUGGGACAAGAAGUCGCCCGACGUCAACCACCUGUCGCUGCACCCCCCCAACCCGCUCAACGACCUGCACGCCGUGCCCGACAGCGGGUUGUUGCUCGUCGCAUGCGACGCCUCGCCGCUCUCGACGUACUACGUGCCCGACUUUGGGCCGGCGCCGCGCUGGGCGAGUUUCCUCGACAACGUCACGGAAGAGAUGGCGCAGGACGCGAGCGGCGCCGGCAAGGGCGCGUACACGGACUACAAAUUUGUCGACCGCACCGAGCUCGAGACCCUCAGCCUCACGCACCUCAUCGGCACACCCGCCCUCAAGCCGUACAUGCACGGCUACUUCCUCGCGCUCAAGCUGUACCAGACGGCGCGGCUCAUCGCGAACCCGCAGAGCUACGAAGCAGACCGCGAAAAGACGAUCAAUGCCAAGCUCGAGGCCAAGGCCGCGAGCCGCAUCCGUGCCCGCCGCGACGUGCCCAAGGUCAACAAGGCGCUCGCGGAGCGGUUGCGGAAGGAGGCCGAGCGCGAGGAGGCGAGCAAUGCGCGCAAGCGGGCGCGCCGCGCUGCCGCGGGCGAGGAGGACGAGGGCGAGGUGGAAGGCGAGGAGGAGCGCAAGCAGGGCGGCAAGACGUCGUCCAAGGACGUGCUGUCCGACCCGCGAUUCGCCGAGCUGUUCACCAACCCCGAGUUCGAGAUCGACGAGAGCUCGCAUACGUUCGCGCGCCUCAACCCGGCUACGGCGCGCGACGCCGCCGGCGGGCGGCACCGGACGGCGGUGGAGAGCGAGGAGGAAGAAAGCGAUCACCCGUCUUCGGGCAUCGAGGACGAAGACGAGAGCGAGGAAGAGGAAGACGAGCCCUCCGACGCCGAGGUGCCCGAGGAAGAUGUGGAUGGGGGCGAGGAAGAAGAGGACGACGAGGACGAGGAAGAGGACGAGACGGCGCCGCCCAAGAGGGCAUCACGCGCCUUCCCGCUCGCGUCUGGCGCGCGCCACUCGCUCGUGGUCGGGGGCGAGGUGGCGCGCCCACAGACGUUCGGGCAACGCCUGGCGGCGUCCAAGCCCAAAGCGGCCGAGGAGAAGCCGGACGGCGUGCUGGCGAUGCGGCGGGCUGCGGACGGCGGCAUGGAGAUGUCGUUCAUCCCCAAGGCUGGGGGGCGGAAGGACGACAGCGACGACGAGUACGGCGGCGGCACGUACAAGCGGCGUUCGAAGGUGGAGAAGUUUGGGGCGGGGCUCGAGAAGGGUGUGGACGACGAGGAGAAUGCCGAGCAGGGGCGCAAGACGCGCAGGCAUCCGGGAAGGAGCGCGAGCAAGAACACGUUCCGGAGGAGGUAGAGGUAGAUGCAUAUAUUGG